AUGUUGUAUUUCGAGACGAAGCUGUGGUUAUUGAAAUCUGUAUUGAUUUUAGGGUUAGGGUUUGGGGAUGCAAUUAAGGUACCGUUCAGAGUGAAGGACGUGCUUCCGGUGCUACCACGUCAGAUUUCAUGGCCAGUAAUGAAUAACAUUCACAGUGCUGUUGAUUUGAUGCCGCAAUAUAUUGGUUCAUUGACACCGAAUAAUGGGUCAAUUAAGUGGAAAGGCGCUUGCUUUUUUGAUACUGAGGCAAAGAUCGAGUUCACGGGGCCCGGUGAUCGCGGCCAAGGGGGCGGUGUUAUCUAUCUCUCGACUGCUGCUGCCCAUAGCUUGACGUGCAUGGAUCUGUAUGUUUUCGCCACACCUUAUAGAAUCACUUGGGAUUAUUACUACUUCUCUGCUCGUGACCAUACAUUGAAAAUCGAAUCUUGGGAGGAACAGGCAGAAUUGGAAUAUGUAAAGCAACAUGGGAUCUCAGUAUUUCUCAUGCCAUCGGGAAUGAUGGGGACAUUGCUUUCCAUGGUAGAUGUCUUGCCUCUGUUCUCUAACACUGGUUGGGGUCAGAAUGCUAAUAUAGCUUUUUUGGAGAAACACAUGGGUGCAUCAUUUGAGAAACGUGCUCAACCGUGGCGUACUAAUAUCAAUCCAGAAGAUGUUCAUUCUGGUGACUUUUUAGCCGUUUCAAAGAUACGUGGACGCUGGGGUGGAUUUGAAACACUGGAGAAGUGGGUCACCGGUGCAUUUGCCGGUCAUACAGCAGUAUGCCUGAAAGACGAAUUGGGCAAUCUUUGGGUUGGUGAAUCUGGACAUGAGAAUGAAAAGGGUGAAGAAAUUAUAGCGAUAAUUCCAUGGGAUGAAUGGUGGGAACUGGCGCUUAAAGAUAGUUCCAAUCCUCAAAUCGCAUUACUUCCUUUACAUCCUGAGAUCCGUGAAAGGUUUAAUUCUACUGCAGCGUGGGAAUAUGCUCGGACAAUGGCGGGCAAGCCAUAUGGUUAUCACAACAUGAUUUUUAGUUGGAUUGACACCGUAGCUGACAACUAUCCUCCACCUCUUGAUGCUCACUUGGUCAUUUCUGUCAUGUCUAUGUGGACAAGAGUGCAACCAGCAUAUGCAGCUAACAUGUGGAAUGAAGCUCUUAAUAAGCGACUUGGGACUGAGGAUCUCGACCUGUAUGGAAUUCUAGCCGAGACUGAAGGACGAGGCAUAACCUUUGAUCAAUUACUCACUAUUCCCGAACAAGAUGACUGGAUCUACAGUGAUGGGAAGUCUACAACAUGUGUUGCCUUUAUUCUGGCAAUGUAUAAAGAGGCCGGAGUCUUUGCUCCAAUCUCCGAUUCAAUUCAAGUAACUGAGUUCACGAUCAAGGAUGCCUACAUGCUCAAAAUUUUUGAGAACAAUAUGACACGCCUUCCGAAUUGGUGUAACAAUGGGGAAGAUCGGCUGCCAUUCUGCCAGAUUUUAGGCGAGUAUCGAAUGGAAUUACCGUAUUAUAACACACUAGAGCCGUAUGCUAAAAUGAAUGAGAAUUGCCCUUCUUUGCCCCCAAAUUAUGAGAGGCCUAUUAGUUGCUGA